UCUAGGUAAACGGAUUUACUUCCUCUGAACUCGGUAGCAGAAUAAACUACCAAAAGUUUAUCGAUUUUGCCAUCCCAAAAGAAUUGUUUAGGUUUUGGGCUGUAUCCAAUCGGCAUGUUUCUAAUAACAAUUGGCCUCUUCUUAGUUAUAAUUUUUAUUUUAAUUCAAUAUAAUUAUGGAUACUGGAAGCGUCGCGGUAUCCCAUAUAUAAAACCACAUUUGAUCUAUGGAAAUUUGAAAGCUUUCGUCAAACGUGAAGAAUCAUUCACCGUCUCCGCGGCAAAUCUGUACAAUAAACUUAAUAAGCCAGUCGUUGGCGUUUAUUUAUUUUUCCGUCCUGCGCUUUUAAUUCGCGAUGCAGAGUUAGCAAAGAAGGUUCUAGUUACCGAUUUCCAAAGUUUCCACGAUCGUGGUGUUCAUUCAAAUGAAGAAAUUAAUCCCCUAGCAGCGAACCUCUUCAGUUUAGAAGGUAAAAGAUGGAAGGACUUACGAGCGAACCUCACUCCUACAUUUACGUCUGGCAAACUAAGAAAAAUGUUUCCAGUAAUUGAGUUGGUUGGAAAGAGAAUGGAAAAACAUUUGGAAAGUUUAAUAGAGAGCAAUAACGGUAUUGUUGAUAUGGCCACCGUUGCAACCAGGUAUGCCAAUGAUGUUAUCGUGUCCAUUUUCUUUGGACUGGAAGUAAACAGCUUUGAAGACAGUGCUAACAUAUUCUCCCAAUUUCGUGAUGGAUUUAAUGGAAAAGGAUUCAUCCAAAACCUCACUGGCGCGACUGUUUUUCUCUACCCAAAGCUUUUCGAGCUUCUUAAGCUAUAUAAGGUUAACAAUCGUUUCAUGAAUAUUAUGGCAGAUAUUGUGAAAAAAACAAUUGAAAAUCGUGAGCAAACUAAUACAGAAAGAAAUGACUUUAUGCAGUUGCUAAUGCAGCUUCGCCAGACGGGAACACUCGAAGGGAAUGGAAAAUGGUCAAAUGACAAACAAAUUAAGCUGUCAAUGAACCAAAUUGUAGCUCAAACAGUUUUGUUCUUCCUGGCUGGCUCUGAUACUACAGCGAUAACAAUAGCUUGUUGUUUGCAUGAACUGACACAGAACGAAGAAAUUAUGCACAAAUUAGAGGAAAAUAUUAGUCAAACUCUGGAAAAGCACAACGGGGUUGUCUGCUAUGAAUCCAUCCAAGAUAUGGAAUAUCUAGAAAUGGUCAUUCAAGAGACUGUUCGCAAAUAUCCAGCACUACCUCUUCUCAAUCGGAUGUGCACAAAAUCGUUCGAAAUACCUGAUAGUGGUAUCGUCAUUGAGAAGGAUACGCAACUAUUAAUAUCUAUCUUAGGGUUCCACAGAGAUCCAAAGUACUUUCCGAAUCCCAUGAAAUUCGACCCAGAACGAUUUCGGGAAGGCAGCAAAGGAUUUAACGCAAACGCGUUUAUUCCUUUCGGUGAUGGACCACGCACUUGUAUAGGGAUGAGGCAGGGUAAACUUAGCGCCAAGGCAGCUUUGAUUCGAUUGUUGACUAAGUUCGAGUGGAGCGCAACAACAAAGGGCGAAAUAGAGUUUGAUAAUUACGCAACAACUAUAAUGGCGAAAGGUGGAAUUAAUUUGAAAGUAUCUAAACGGCUUCAAAUGUCCUGAUCCUGUCGAAAACAAAUAUUACGAAUCUUGAAUAAUCACUACCAAUAUUUCCUAGGGAAAGUAUUAAUAAGCACUCAUGAAACGAUGCUACUCAUUCACGAUUAACGCCUCACUUAUGGAGCAUUAAUCAUUAUAGCAAUUAAUUUUAAGGAAAAGACAUUGCGAUUAUAAGUUAAUGAAUUCUUAUAUGUAUUUGAAAUGGUUACAUCCUCCGUUAUGCUUAUGUACAAAAAUGAAUUCAUUAGUUACAGAGAGAAUAUAUAACAUGGGAAUGUAUGUAAAGAUAAGUUUAUGUGCUUUUGAGCUCGGGAAUAAUACGGUCAAUACCUUCAAGGUGUACUUUGUUUACAAAAACAAAAGAGAAGAAAGAUGUACGCCA